AUGGGGUCGCCGCGUGCUGACGAUGGCCGACAAGAGGCGAAGGCGACCAAGUGGUGCGCGGUGACUGGCGGCCGAGGGUACAUGGCCAGGCACCUGGUGGCCGCGUUGCUCCGUUCCGGCGAGUGGCACGUUCGGGUUACCGACCUCGCCCCCUCCUUGGUGCUCGGCCCCGGCGAGACGGAGGACCUCCUCCGUGAUGCCCUCGGCGACGGCCGAGCCGUUUACGCCUCCGUGGAUGUCUGCAACCUAGAGCAGCUUACUACAGCUUUUGAAGGGGUAGAUGUUGUUUUCCACACAGCUGCCGCGGAUCCUAGCAAGAACAACUUGCCACUUCACUACAAGGUCAAUGUGGAGGGAACAAAGAGUGUAAUUGAUGCUUGUAAGAUCUGCAAGGUGAAAAGGCUUAUACACACGAGUUCUAGCUCUGUUGUAUUUGAUGGAGUUCGUGGACUUUUCAACGUAAAUGAAUCAUUACCAUACCCAGACAAGUUUCCUGAUGCAUAUGCGCAAACAAAAGCAGAAGCAGAGAAGCUAGUCAUCAAUGCUAAUGACAUCAAUGGCCUUCUAACUUGUUGCAUUCGUCCUGGUAGCAUUUUUGGCCCGGGCGGCACGAUGAUAUCAACUCUGGAUCAUAGCGGAAAAACACAUUUUAUUAUUGGUGAUGGGAAGAAUUGUGAUGAUUUCGUGUACGUUGAAAAUGUGGUACAUGGUCACAUAUGUGCUGAUACCACUCUUUCUACGAUAGAGGGUGCAAAAACCAGUGGUGGAAAAACUAUUCACGAUAAGGAUACCUUUGCCUCUCAUCAAGCUAGUAAGCUAUUUGGUCGAGUGGGCAUACAUGGUUCUACACCGUUAUGGAAUAUGCCAACCUCGAAUGGUAACAUCAGCAAGGAUUAA